GAUUUGAAUUAUAAAUGGGUCAAAAUAAUUGCACUCCUAAUAUUCCAGGAUUGGAAAACUGCUAUGCGAGAUACGAGUAAACAGAUGAAAAUAAAUAUCCUUAUUUAGUAGCAAACAAACAUAGAUUGGCAGAAUCACAAAACUCAUAGAUCUUUGAACUAUAUCAAAAAUAACAAGAUCAGCUUCGAUGUUAUCUGCAGACUUCUCGUUAGCUCUCUCAAUCAACUAGACGCAACUAUGAAUUUGAAGGGCGCUUUCUUAAACUUCCAUCACAUCUCAUCUGUCACAUUAUGUAUUUCGUUAUCGACGAUUACAUCAACCUAUUACUUGUUAAUACAUUGUGGUAUACAAGAUUAAAUGAAGCAUUUUCAAAGACUGUCAGCAUAGUCGAUGAAAAAUUUUAACAAUCACAUUCCUUUUUAAAAUUAAAACAGUCCAAAAAUGCAUUUCAGACUUUUCAGUUCGGAAGACAAUAAGGGUUUAGAUUGGAUAGGUGUCUGAUUGCAGAAAUCGCUCCCGGAGUAGAAAGUAACAUCUAAUAUUUAUUAGAGAUUCUAUUGUUAAAAUAUCAUACACUUACAAUUGCAAAGGGCAAGAAAAAGCUUUUUGUUACAAAUUUGGGAUUCUGAGAAAGAACACAGUAAGAACCAUUUGGAUUGGAGUGGAUCAAAGCACUGUAAUAAUCUAUAUCACACGAUUUAGAAUAUAUAUGAUAAGCAAACUGUCCCUGUCAUCUAGCCAGUGCUUCCCUUUUGUGUUGGAGACUUCAUCAAAAUCCCAUUCACUCUAUUGAACCUCCAGGGAUAAGUCAAUUUAUAAAGUAUCAGAUGGAAUAAGCCAUAAAUUGAAAAACUUGAUGUUGGUAUUUUUGGAAGUAAUCAAUUGAAACUAGAAUUUAAUAGAUCCCAAACAUAUCGCAAUGUAACCCCCUCUUAGAUUUGAACCUAAAGAUGCCGAUUGGACUUUGUUUCAAUACUUUGAUCAUCCAAUGAAGAAAUGCUUUGAUAAUUUCAAGCAGAUAAAGUUGAAGGAGUGUAGAUGUUGUGGUAAUGGGUUAGUGAUAAAUCGCAUGAACUAUACUUGUGUUUAAGAGGGUCACCUUACGAUUCCAGAAUUAAAUAUGAAGAUGGUUGUCAAACAAGGUUGCAUUACUAAUCAGGUAAAUAGAGCAACUGUUAGUUAUGAAUUGGAUAAUACAUUGGAACUACGAAUUGGAGAUCUAUUAACUUUGUACUACCUAAGAGGAGGUGACUCCUGA